GUCUCACCGCGCCCUGCGGACACGGCCCUGCCGCUGACACGGCUGCAAACUCCUCACACCAGUCCGGGACUAACGUGGAGUGUUUUGUGUCUCCACACUGCUCAGGGAGCCCAUGGCGGGGUUGUGAGGAGAGGUUUAUGUGGGUAGUGCCGGAGCAGUGAGAGCGACUGUGGCAGCCGGGGUCUACCCCUCCGUUAACGGCUGGCUACCCAUCCCUCUGCAAAGGCGCGAGGACUAUUAUACAGCACUUGGGGUCGAUAACGCCACUGCGCAAAGGGCACUUUCUCCUCACAGCAUCGAGAAACCUAGCCAGUCUUACCAGGCGGUGUAAGCCGCCUUCCCUGGGCCCAGCAGUCAGAAAGGCUGAUUUGCUGAGGGCCAGAGGGUGGGCAAGGAGGAAGCCGGGCAGCAGACACUGAUACAGCCGCAGAACCAGAGCCUGACUCCGGUAGGCUACUGCCCGGCCCGCGGCCCCACCGGCUGACACUGGCUGCGGGGUCCCGCCCGCCAACCGCUGAUAGGCCGCCCAGAACGACAGUCAACGCAUCAUCUUUUCUGAUUGGUCUACUCUGUUCCGCAGUGCGUUAUGGGAGUUGUGGUUCAGUUCUUAUCCAGACAUUGUGGUGCUGUACAAGCACGUACUACAUUUCCCAUCAGGCUUUGCAGGGAGAGGGCCACUGCAUUGCUCGGCGUCCGCUUAUCCGGGUCCUCAAGCGGUCCAGCCAUUCCGCGCGCCUCAAAGGGUGUGUGCCAGGCGCUGAUUGGUGGGUUCGGACUCCCGAGCCCUGUUUGAAAUCCGUUAACGGCGGCGGCAGAGGCGCCGCGCGGAGUGGCGGCGGCGCUGCUGAGGAGAGAAGAUCAGAUCUUCCUUUCCUGCCUCAGCAGCUCUGCAAACCAGGUGAAAGCUGAUCCUGCAGAACGGGGGUGAGGGUUCCCCGGCUGGCUGGCUGCAGACACCCGUGUCGACACAGGAGGGCUGUAGAGGUGCAGACAGAGGACUCUUGGGGACCGUGUGGCUGUGAAGAUGUCUAAGCCAGAAUCCCGUUAUUCUUUUGAUGUCCCAAACAUCUGCAUCGAUUUUGCAACUCUGAAUGAGGAUGAUAUGCACAAUGCAGACUCCUGGUUUGAUGAAAAAGCCAAUCUGGAGAAUGUCCCUCCUGCAGAAAAUCUGGCAGAGGUCUCACACCGCAGCCCUGCUUUUUCAAAGCCUGAUGUUAUUCUGUCUUCUGUCCCAUUGCAAGAAGUAGCAAUGAGUGAAAGUGAUGGUGAAGCCGAAUGUGCCCAGGGCAACACGGUCCCUCAGAAUAUUGUCGGGUCCCUGGCAACCUGGAGAGCUGGUGCCCCUGCAGAGGCCCCUCAGAGACCAGGCAGGAGACUGGCUACAAAGCAGGGGAAGACCCAGCAGCGCAAGCAGCCGGGCAGAAUCAAAGCAGAGAGAAUUGCUAAUGCCCUGGAUAAUAAGGAAGAUGUUCCACCCUUGAAGAAAAUGAGACUUUCUGGUAGCAGAGAGAAGGUGACAGAAACGUCCACAAAGAAAGAACCCCUGCAGGAUCCUGACCUCUCUCCAGGGAGAGGGAAAAGCAAACAGACCAUGCCCUCCACGCCAACAAUGUUGAAGAGGACCAAACCUUCUAGCAAGCCAAAGAGUACAGAGGAGCAGGAGGUGGAAAAGAUGCAGCAGUUGCAGCAGGAGGUUAUGGAGCUGCGGAAGAAGAACGAGGAGUCUCUGAAAGCAGCUAUUGCUGGAGCAGGACAACCCAUGAAGAAACCUGUUGGUCAAGUAACAAAGCCAAUUAAUUUCCACUUCUGCACGGAGAAUAGAAUUAAACAGAAUGUAGAAAGCCAGCCUGUGAACGAGUACAAGGAGCUAGAUUUUGCAGCAGUCCUGAGGAAGCAUCCCCCAUCUCCGGUGCGAAUGCCAAAGGGACACACUGUCCCCAAACCUUUCAAUCUGUCCCAGGGAAACAAAAGAAAACUUGAAGAAGCCACAACAGAAUACGUGUCCUUUGCUGAGCAGGUAGAAGCAUUCCAAAAACGCACACCCCCUCGUUACCAUUUGAGGAGCAGGAAAUCUGAGGAAGGCUCAGUUUCAAAAAAGCCUGUGAAGGCUCAGCCCACGCAUCCCAAAACACCAGUGCUGCGAACAAAGCAUCGCUUGAGACCUGUCACCUGCAAAACUGCUGCAGAGUUAGAAGCAGAGGAAGUAGAGAAAAUUCAACAGUACAAAUUCAAAGCACGAGAAAUCAAUCACAAAAUCUUUGAGGGUGGGCCACUCCUGCCCAAGAAGCCCCCUGUGAAGAAGCUCACCCAACCCAUUGGCUUUCAGCUGGAAAUAGAAAAAAGGAUUCAGGAGCGUGAGAGUAAGAAGCAGCAGGAGGAAGAGCGCUUCGAAUUCCAUUCCAGGCCAUGUCCCACAAAAAUCCUGGAGGAUGUUGUGGGUGUUCCAGAGAAGAAAGCACUUCCUGUUACAGUCCCCAAGUCUCCAGCCUUUACCUUGAGAAGCAGGACCCAUGUGUCUGGCAGAGAGGAGGAAAAGGGAAAAGAGGAAGUGGCUGUGAUCAAAGCUAAUCCUAUGCCACAUUAUGGAGUGCCCUUCAAACCCAAAAUGCCAGAGCAGAGGCACGUGGAAGUUUGCCCCUUCUCUUUCGAUGCCCGGGACAGAGAGCGACAAAUACAAAAAGAAAAAAAAAUAGAAGAACUGCAGAAGGAAGAGGUGCCAAAGUUCAAAGCAUUGCCUCUGCCUUACUUUGACGAAGUUAAACUGCCAGAAAAGAAGGUCAAAACCCCAACUCAGCCUGAACCAUUCCAUCUGCACGUGGAUGAACGGGGAGCUGCCAAGCUCCAGAGCUGGAAACAGCAGCUUGAAGAAGACUUGAAAAGGCAGAAAGAGGCAGCAUGUUUUAAAGCUCGUCCCAACACAGUGGUGUACCAGGAGCCUUUUGUGCCCAAAAAGGAACAUAGGAUGCUAUCAGAGAGCCUUUCUGGUUCUGUAGUUCCUGAAAGCUUUGAGCUGGCAACAGAAAGAAGAGCAAAAGAACGGCAAGAAUUUGAAAAGCGAUUGGCAGAAGCAGAAGCCUUAAGGGAGAAGUAUGAGGAGCAGAUCCGGCAGAAACAAGAGCAGCGUGAAAAAGAAGAAGUUGCUAAGCUAAGACAAGAAAUGGUUCACAAGGCAAACCCAAUACGCAAAUACCGCAGCCUAGAAGUGAAGUCCAGUCAUCAACCGCUGACUGUGCCAAAGUCUCCCAACUUCUCAGACAGAUUCCGAUGCUGAUGAGCAUCCACUGACAACUGCUGGGAGAUCCCAUCCUUCUCCACCUCCCUUGGUAGGAGAGAGGGAGCAAUUGUUUUUCCAUGACUGCUUGGUCUGAACUCCUAUGCUUGGUUUCGUUGUUGUACUGAGUAGUUAAACUCCACCUGAGCCCAUGGCAUUUCAGCAGUGCCUCCUGGCCUUGCUGUGUAUAUAGACCCCAUCUUCUCUAGAGACUAAACCAAGUUUUGAUAUUGCAUACAGAUAUUGUGUACCUAACUAAAUAAGAAUUCCUAAUCUGCUCACUGUCUCAGGCUAAUGGGCUGAAGCCCUUUCCUGCAGAAGAGUUUUUGAUAAAGACUGGCCACACAGAUGUGUGCGUCUGGCAGAGCUGUCGAAUGUUUUUACACUAAGUGCUAUUUUCAAGUGUCUGUUUUUUAGCAUUUUAGUCUACAUUUAGCUUGAAUUGUGUUAAAUGAGGUUCCUUCAAGCCAGUGUAGCGCGGGUCUGGCCUUCCUUGUUGAUGUUUAGAUGACCACAAAUAUAAAUCUUGCCUACACUUAAAAGUAAUUCUUUGUGUAUAUUAGAGUAUUAAACCAUCUUGCUGUUUUAUAACUGAAGUCCUGUUUGGGGAGCCAUUUGUCUGGCAAGUGACUUGCUGUGAGCUGCUGCCCCAGCUUCUGGCAGUGCAGGUCUCUUGGCUGCAGAAUCAUCAGCAUCUCUGGCUAGUUUUGGCAGUGAGCAGAGCUAAACAUAGCCCAAGUGCUCAAUUGCUGGAGGACAAAACUGCUGGCAUUAUGAAGAGUGGACACAUCUAGAUUAAAGUUUUAAUAAUUAUUUCUUACUUAGUAUUGUGCUCUGAUUUCUUUUUGUUUUGCUGCAAUACCUGCUCACCCCAUGAGCAGGGCUGCUUGCUACUGUUGUGCUGCUUAGUAGAGGGGGGUAAAUGGAAAUUUAGAAUUAAUUUGUCCUAACUGGACAAACUUGGUUAUUUGGUGGUUAUGGAAAACAUUUGCUUUCAUUUCUUCUGAACUGGGAUAUGUUGAAGUAGUAUUCCCGGAGUGUGUAACGUUUUGUUCAGAUUUUUGGCUGAAAAAGAGAGUUCAAACUAGAUGUUAGAUUCCACCUAAGGGGGUGCUUAGAGAUGCUGUCUCAUUCUUGCCAAAGUGCAUCAAGCAAUUGCUAUUUUACUCCUAGACUGAGAGAGGUAACAGUGGAAGAAAGUCCUUAGAGAUCUAAAUUCCAAGAUGAACAUUUAUUGGACCCAAGGGAUGAUGUUUCUGCAGGAAUUCUCCUAAAAAGUGUGAUGCUCAAGAGAUAUCAUUGCAGAACAGCUGGGGUCUCUAUGGGAGUGUUUCCAAGAGCACCAGCCUCGAACUUCAGUGCUGGGAUUAAAGAGGAAAAGCCACCCACACUGAAAUACAGGGAUUCUUCAAAAAAAUUAAAGGUUUUAUGCAGUUAGUAACUGAGGAGCUGGAGAAUGAGAGGCUUGGGGAAAGUAUGUUGGUACUGAAGGAUGAAUGACCCCAUGGCAGUGUGGGUUCUUGGAAAUGGUGACCUCAGACAUGGCUCCAUUUUGCUCAAGUUUCAGCUUUUCCUUCCCUUCUCAUGAGGAUCUUUGUGUAGCUGUGGCAGAGGUUGGCCCAAAAGUUUGAUCUAAUCACCCAGCCUGCCUUCAGCCACAUUUUUCUGACUUUGCUGUAGCCCUAUGUCACUGAGCUGGGAGUUACAGGACAGCGAGAAAAACUGCUGUCACUGCUGCUGUGACAAUUUGCAGGAGUGGCUGGAGCACAAGGGACAUGUCAGCAUCCUCUUCUUGAAAAUGACAAUCCAUGUGGAUCUGACCUGUCUGCCUUACCCCCAUUUCUGUCAUGGUGGGGCUGUUCCCUGUGAUCUGCUACUGGAUGGGCACAUCACAGAACCUCAGAUGUUUUUUCCUCGAGUGCCAGCUCUGGAGAAGGCAGCAUGUGGGCAGCAGAAGCAGCAAAUAUUUAUGAUGAGUCAGGGUGAAGCUGGAAUGAUGAUGAGCUGCUGAAGAAUGUGAAGGCAAGCAGGAUCAUGAGGCCAUGGAACUGGAGCAGCCACUAAGCCCUGAAGGAUGAAGCAGCUGGAUUUCCCUGAUGGCCCUACAUGGCCUCUUCUGCCUUGAGGAAGGGGUUGUGUGCCUGACAGCUUGGCAGUAUUUUUUCCCCAAUGGUAUCAUUUGGGUCUAAUAAAAGACAUUACAUCUUUCCCCA